AUGAAAAUAGCAUCAGAUCUAAUUCCUGAUAGAUUGUACAUGAAUGUUGAUAGCGGUUCAAACGGCGAUGAUGACGUCCCAGGUCUAAGUAGUGAUACAUCUGAUGUAUCUGAUAUGGACCUCGAACAGAGCCAGCAGCACCAAGAUUUACAAGAUCAGAUGGAGCGUCGUGCAGAGGAACAUCAACGCGAGUUUGAGGAACAAGCUCGUGUGGAAGAUCUUGAAGGGCAGAAUCGUCAGCUUGACGAGCAAGCUAGUCAGUUAGAAGAGCGUGCUCGUCAGCUUGAGGAACAAGCACGUCUGGAUGAAGUGCUUGCGCAACAGGAGCGUGAACUUGCUAAUCGGCUUGAGGCGGAAUCUCGUCAAGCUGACGAGCAAGCUCGUCAGCUUGAGGAACAAGCUCGUCAGCUUCGUGUAUCAAUUAGUCGUAAUAUAGAAGAGAUUAGGGAUAUUCAGGAAAGACAGGCUAAUGAAUAA